AUGGCGCUUGGCCGGAGGAGCCGCUUUCACACCCAGAGCACCUGCUCGGCCCCAGCCCCUCCUUCGGGGCCGUUCAUGGGGUUCCCUCACAAGCCUACCGGCUACAGGCAGCAACCUCCUCUUGAACCACCUGGGGCUUCCUCAGGAGUACUUUUCUGUAGGCCCCGGAAUUUGAAAACUUGUCAAGAACCUCCUCCUAGAAGGGUUAAAGAAGUGCCUACUGGAAUAUGGGACAAACCUCCCUAUCCACAUGGAACUCAAGUAACAUUUACAUGCCGGCCUGGAUAUAUAAAACUUGGACGAAUUGUGGUUGAGUGUGCUGAUGGAGCAUGGAAGGAAAAAGUCCCAGGGGCAGAAUGCAGAAAUAAGCCCUGUGGACAUCCUGGAGAUACUGAAUUUGGUUCCUUUGAACUUACCAGCGGAAGUGAAUUUGUAUUUGGUGCCAGAGUUGAGUACAGAUGUAACGAUGGAUACCGGAUGCUCAGCCAAAGAAAUUACCGUGAGUGUCAGGCAGAAGGAUGGAGCAAUGACAUCCCUCACUGUGAAGUGGCAAAGUGUUUACCUGUGCAAGCACCAAAAAACGGAAGAAUAAUUAUGAGUGGUGCAUUUGAGCUAGACCAAGCAUAUUCUUUUGGCCAGGUUGUGAAUUUUGAAUGUAAUGCAAAAUACAAGCUUGUUGGAUCAAAAGAGAUAAUGUGCUCUUCUGAUGGAAACUGGAAUAGUGAUGUGCCUCAGUGCCAAGAGAUCAUCUGUGAUGUGCCAGAAAUUCUGAAUGGAUAUGUACAUUCUUCAAAGAGGUCUUACAAGGAAUUUGAACAACUACACUUUGCCUGUGAUAAAGGAUACAAAUAUGGUGAAAGAGCAGCUGUAAAAUGUACUGAAUCAGGAUGGAAUCCAACACCACAUUGCAUUG